AUUAACGUUUAGUCGACUUAAUACAGCCUCAUAAUAACAUACGCUCUGGAGAAAAGUAGAACUAGAACAAUAAUUAAAAAUGCAUUUCGUAGAUUACAAAUACUUUAUCUUAGUGUUCUUGUUUUGUUUGAGCAUUAUAAGUUCCGUUAAUGCUGAAGAAAAGACUUCAGGAGUUUGUGGUCGUCAUGGCGAUCCUUGCGCAGUUAACUCAGAUUGCUGUCAAUCCAAUAGUUGCCAUCGCUUUGCAAAACGUUGCCAGGCCGAUCAAUCGUAUUUAAAACGUAAUGAUAUUUAAAAUUUUUUGAGUUACAUAAGUAUCCUCAAAUCAACUUUGGAUGACUAAUGUGCACGUCAAGCUGCUAAAACCAGAUUCUGUACAUAAAUAUAUGUACAUGCAUAUAUGCAUUCAAUACACAAAAUAAAUCUGCUUUACUACUACAAAGAAAGAGUAAUAAAUAUAA